GUUGCAUACCAGGUUAAAGAGGCCCAUUUUAAGGCACACCCAGACUGGAAAUGGUGUAACAAAGACAGAAAGAAAUCCAGCUCUGAUGUAAAGACGGCACUUGUGGGACCUGGAGGAGUGUCAAAGGACAUUAGAGAGAGAAGUGUAUCUGAGACUGGAACCGUUGGAGAGGUUCUGGUGUCUUCCCAUGGUGUUACCUCAGGGACAGAGCAAAGGGGAUGUCCUGGGGUUGCAUCAGUAAAUGAGCGACUUGGAGUGGAUGGAACCCAGGCACAGUUGACACGACCCAGAGCUUUCUCUCACAGUGGGGUGCACAGUUUGGAAAGAGCUGAUAGGAACAACACACAGACCUUAGUCGAGUUGGCACAGAUUUGUGGCAGCACAGCCUCUCAGUUUUCUGGGACCUCUAGUGUAAGAUUCACAAAUCCUAGGAGGUCCUAUUCCCGUUCACAACGUGCAGCCAGUGAAGACAUGACAAGUGAUGAGGAGCGAAUGGUCAUCUGUGAGGAAGAAGGAGAUGACGAUGUCAUAGAUGAUUCCUUUCCCGCUGGGACCAUUGAUCUGAAAUGUAAAGAAAGAGUAACAGAAAGUGAUAGUGAAGGGGCCUCUGGGGAGGAGCCUGAAAGCAAGAGAGCCUUUGCACCCGUAAUUCGCUCUUCCUCUGCUGUUGUACCUUCAUCCUCAUCCUCCUCCAUUUUUGCACAUUGUCGUACUGGAAGUGAUUUAAAAUCUGAUAAAAUUACUGUUGAAGAAAAACAGAGCCUAAUCCAGGAGCACCCAAGUUCUUCAGCAGUGCUCCAGCAGCAGCUUGGAAUGGCUAACUUAGUCAGUUCACAGUCUGGUCAGCAACGCAGUGUUUCCUUGACCUUGUACCAGCCAAGCAAUGCAUACACUGUCUCAGGUGGAGUUAGCACUGGAGUUGGCAAGCAUUUCCCAGCAACUGGAGACAUUAGUAGCAGUGAGAGCACAAUGCAGGUUUUUGACAGAAAGAGGAAGCGUGUUGAGAAUAGUGGAAUGGCAGUUCAAUUGAAGGACUCCACAGCAGGGAUUUCUGAUUCACUUGCAUAUGGGACAAACGCUUCAGUGCCUCCUAAUGUAAACCAGUCAGUAAUCGCAAGUACUGUCAGCGUACUGCCCACAUUAGUCUUCCCCCAUUCUUCACCUGUGACUAACACCUCAUGCAUUUUCUCCACAAAGGCCUCACUUGCUGCAAGCAGCACAGGUGUUCUUGGUACUAGCUUGGCACCGGUUAUGGGGGCAACAAGAAUGGCUUCCACUGUUGUGACUAGUGUGGUAAAGCCUGUGAGCAGUACGCCUGUACCUAUUGCUAGUAAGCCUCCACAGUCUGCUGCUACAACAGUUGGGAGGGAUUCAGCAUCCACUUUAGGGGUCACACAAAGUGCUGUUUCUUCACUGGAACACCUGCAUGGUGUACAGAAUAGAGCGGUUAUGACACCACCAUUGAGCACAGCAAAUAAUGCAAUUACAGUUGGUGCGGGCCGGAUUUCAGGUUCUCCUCUACCCCAGGUAGGGGUGAUUUACACUGAGAAACAGCAGCAGCAACCACAAAUUCUUAUCGGACAAGGAGCAAGCAUUGGGGGUGUGGCUAAGCAACACUUUUCACCUAGCACAUCUGCUGGUACCAGUACCCUCAAUGUAGCAGCUGUGACCAACUUGGUUGUUGGUGGAGCACACUCCUUUGGUAAUUCAGGACAAACCAUAAAUUCCACUAGGCAGCCUGCUGCAGUUCAGCUUAUAGCACAACCUCCUGGUGCCACUCCAGGAGCCAGUAAUAAUGGUCCACUUCCUCUGGGUAUCCUUCAGUCUCCAGCACAGUUCCUGUCCACUGCUGCAUCCCCAGCUUGUGGGACAAAAGGGAUAACACAAGUACAGUACAUCUUACCAACCCUUUCUCCCCAGUCACUGAACAAUGCUGCAUCCUCUGGCAGUAAUAAAAUUGGUCCUGGAGGUCAGACUACUCUUCUACCCACUUCACACAAUCAUCACCCUCCUGUUGCUCAGCAACCAGCCAGCAUACAGUUCACAUUGCCAGCACCACCGCCUGGUACUGGAGCAGCUAAUGGAAAGGUUAUUGCUACAGCAACAGGAGCAUCACAAGCAAUACCGAUCAUGCAACCCGGACCUGCUGCUAGCCCAACAAUUGGUGUCGUUUCUCCAGGGCACAGAGCUCAGUCUUUGUCUCCAGUGCAAGCCCAGUCUCCAGUACUUUCAAGCACGGUGCUGCAGCCUUCAAGCAUUCUGACUCCGACAGGACCUGUUCAGGGCAAGAUGUUGGUGCCUAUGUCAGCAGUCAGGCCAGCAAACUCGGGUCAGCCUCCCCCUUUGCCAGUUGUUCCAUCUCACCUUCCUGUACCUGUCCAAAAUGGUGUACAGCCUAGCAAGAUAAUUCAUAUUGCAUCAGUACCUGUUGUCCAGUCCCAGCUUUCUUCAACGGGUGCAGUGCAGGCUGGAAGUCACUUUCCAGUUACUAUGGCAACUGCAGCAGUGAUGACUCCUGGUUCAUCACAACCACAGAAAGUCCUUCUGCCUUCUGCAACUGCUCGUAUUACAUAUGUCCAGCCUGCACCUGGUGUACCCACACCAGUUCCUCUGGUCUCUUCAACUGUCACUUCAUCCCAACAAGCUCAACAUACUCAAGGGUCUGCAUAUGUUCCAUCUCCUAUGAGCACUCUGGGUUUUGCUGCUAUUGCACCCUCUGGACAAACAUUGGUUCAACCUAUUAUAACAGGUCAGCCCUCACUUCUAACCCCUGGACAAUCUCAGUCUUGCCCUCAACUACCUCCAGCAAAUCCUCCCAGUUCUGGGGGUACAAGCCAGUUAUUGACUGCGAUCUACCCUUCUCCAGGUGUGGCUACUGCAGGUGUUGUGUCAGUUGCAACAGUGCCCCAAAGUGUAGUAUACUCUGUGUCCAGCCCCUCUGCAGCUCACAGUACCUCUGCUCCAGGAGCAUCUAAUAGUUCUGUGGUAUCAAUGCAACAUCAGUCUUCUAUCUACCAGUACUCCUCAGGCUCUGGACUAGCUCCGGUUCCAGCAAUGUCAGGCAGUGUACCAGUUGCACCAAAAGCUUCCCGGAUGGCACCCUCCACACCUUCUGCAUCUUCAGUGAAAACUCCACAAAAGGUGAAGGCCACACUAGCUAGUAUUCCUGUGGGCAACUUUGAAGGUGUCCGGAGCAGUACCCCCAACAAGCCAUCUGGAUCAGGGGAGAGAGAGGUUACUACAGUAGUAGGGCCUCGGUUUCUGUUUGACAGUGAUAAACCGAGCACUGGGAACUCUCCCACAACUCCUCACACUCAGUCUAGAAGGACAGAACCUGAGCUUGCGUGCCAGGUUGAUCCAGCUGGGGAAUCUCGAGACAGCAAAUCGGAUUUGGUUCGAUCAUCUGGGACACCUCCAACUGAGGAUAAGCCAGCCACAUCAGCCCAAAAAUUACAGGAGAGCUGGGAGAACAGUGUAACCACAAAUAAUAAGAGUUGCAACAGUGCUGAUGACAGAGGAGGAACAGAAGGCCAGCUCACUUCGGGAGGAAACGGUGAAAAUACAUUGCAAAACACAGCAUCUGCAGCAUCUAUAGGAUCUGUUCGAGGCAAAGAAAGUGCUGCUCAGGUCCAGAGUGCAAGGAGGGGCCCAGUUUCAGAAAGUUCAACCGCUUGUCAGCAACAUGCUACCACAGCUAUCACCACUUCCUCUUCAUCAUCCUCCCCCUCCUCUUCCUCUUCCUCCUCCUCCUCCUCCUCUUCCUCCUGUACCUCGUCAGCCAACUCUACAGUAGUGGGAGGAACAGAAAAUACAAAGACACUUCCUCCUCAGGUAGAAGAAAGAAAAGAACCACUACCUACAAAGAAAAUAAAAGUGAGGCCACCACCUUUGAAAAAGACCUUUGACUCUGUGGACAAGGUGUUGUCAAAUGUGUAUUUUGAGGAGCGUUUCGCAGAACUCCCAGAAUUUAGACCUGAAGAAGUCCUGCCCUCUCCAACUCUGCAGAGCCUUGCCACUUCUCCCCGUGCAAUUCUAGGCAGUUACCGCAAGAAAAGAAAAAAUUCUACUGAUCUUGAUUCUUCAACGGAGGAUCCAAUAUCUCCAAAACGAAAGAUGCGUCGCAGGUCAAGUUGUAGUUCAGAGCCAAACACACCAAAGAGUGCAGCCAAGUGUGAGGGUGACAUUUUCACCUUUGAUCGUCCAGGGACAGAUUCUGAGGACAUUUUAGGAGAGCUGGAGUUCGACAAGGUGCCAUAUUCCUCACUUCGUCGAACUCUAGACCAGAGGAGGGCAUUGGUUAUGCAGCUUUUCCAAGAACAUGGGUUUUUCCCCUCGGCACAGGCGACAGCUGCCUUCCAGGCCCGUUUUGCUGACAUCUUUCCCACAAAGGUGUGUUUGCAGCUAAAGAUUCGAGAAGUGCGUCAGAAGAUCAUGCAGACUGCUACACCAACGGAAAUGAGUAUCCCAGGAAGUUCCCAAGACCAGCCAGCUAGUGUCCCUAGCACUCCUACUCUUAUAUUGGGUAGUAUUAGCAACUGCCAGCAAGGUGUUGAAGGUAUAUCUAUUUCAGGCCAGUCUAUUGAGGCUAGCCAUUCCCAUGAUACACCAGAGCCAGGGGAACAAGAACAGACCAGCAGUCCCAGCUCCCAGCAGCAUAUGCACACAUCCCAGGAUUCCAGUAGGUGAAGAGUCAAGUGGAGGAAGGAAGGGUUGAUGGAAUCAUGCAUAGUCAGUCAGAGGGAUGAGAGCUCCAUUAAUUCUGACUAGAUUCUGUAUCGAGGGGAAGAAACCUCCCUUCAUCUGGGAGGUACAAGUAUAUCUUUGGAGAAACUUUCAGUCUUGGUCCCCAGUCUUUUUCAAAACUCAGAAAAUGUUGACCCCUUUUCUCUUAAGUGGUACGUGGUAGCCUUCCACUGUUUAUCACAGAGCACAGUGUACUGAUCAUGGCUGCUGAAGACUGUUUGGAAGAGGGGGUCCAUCUUAGGGAAACCCAGUGGAGUUGGGUUAAGAAGUACACUAUAAUUAGGUUUCAGUUUAAUUUGCUGAAAGCUCUUCUGUUUGAAGCUGUUACAAUGUCAGCAACAUAGUAGGCAGGGUUUGCCACUUACUUUGCUAUUAUGUUCACUUUACCAGAGUUGGGUGGGCAGGGAGGUAAUCAUGAUCUGAUUUGCUCAAAAAUUAAAAUAAUCCUGCUAGUUAUUUUUAGCAGGUGCACAUCGAUACCUGCCAUGCCAGUGGUGGUUGGAAUCAAUGCCUGAAAACAUAACUUGUUGAUCAAAUUGCAAUAGACAGACUGAGUCAAUACAUGUAGAAGCAUCAAGAUUUUUGAAACCACUUUUUAAUCAUAGAUAUAGAGAAAUGGCUUGUGGCCAGGAUGUCACUGUGGGGGGCCACUUGAGAGGAAGCACAAAUGGAGCAUACUCCUUUUAAAACUGCAUCAAUGUUUUAAAUGUUUUUGGACAUUUCCUGCUGUUUGAUAAUCUGUCUGUUUUGAAAGUGUUCUCCUGACACCUUCUGCACAGGACCCCCAGGAGCAGGGUCUGUACUUUCACACUAGCUUCCCUUUGAUCGGGGCUGCAGUGUUCUUAAGACUAAGGAGUCAUGGUGGUCUAAGGUAAAAGCAAGAAGUUAAUCAUGAUGCAGUGGUUACUACUUCUGAUGGCUCUAAGUAAUGUACUGCAGCUUGCACAAAAGGGCAAGGAAUCCUAUGGAAAUUCCUGACUAGAAAACCGAAGAAGAACCACGUGAAAGGAUUUACAGUGGGCAGUGCUGCAGUCUCACUUCUAGGAGCUGCCUUACAAUUUGAUGAACAUACAGAGGCCUUUUGAGGGAAACUGCUUUGGCUUCACUUAGAAGCAUAAAUAGAACCGUCUGAUCUGCAGACUGGGUUUAUCGCUUGGUGAAGAACUGUCCUGUGAACUGAAGGGGAUCCUGUUGGGAGGAGUAAAGGGCCGCUGGUCAGAGCAGCGUUUCCACAGUUACUAAUAUAUUGAUAAAGUGUCACACUUUUAACAGUAAUAAUGAUAUAAAAUAAUUUUAUAUUAUAUAAAAUGCUUUUAAAAUGGAAGGACUCAUUUAUUUCUUAGCUGGUUUGUGAAAAACCACAAUGGUUUUGUUUUUUUGUUUUUUUUUUU